GGCUGGGCCCGUCCCACACAGCAGAAACGGCUGAGAAGGACGACAGAAACAGCUGACGCUGAUGACGAGACAACACAGAACGAGCACACAACAGCAGCGGCAGCAGCAGCGGAGGAGAUGACUGUCUUGGGAAGGGUUAAGGUUGGAGCAGAGCGAGGCACCGUCCGCUACGUCGGUCAAGUGCAGGGUGCACAAGGAACGUGGUACGGGAUUGAGUGGGAUGAUCCAAGCCGAGGGAAGCAUGAUGGAUCACACAAGGGCGUCAAAUACUUUGCCUGCAGUCAUGCGACGGGAGGGUCCUUUGUGAAGGAGAAGAAGGUGAACCGGGGCGUGUCGUUUCUGCAGGCGCUGGAGACGCGUUAUGGGGAAGAGGAAGCUGCGUCACACGUGGAGGUGAACGUGCGACAGCGGAUCGAGGUGGAGCUGGUGGGCGAGGACCGCGUACGCUCUCGCAUCCAGCGACACGACGAGCUGCGAGAGGCGCAGCUACGCGACAUGGACAUCAACGACACUGUGGAGGACACGCUUGCUGAACGCUGUCCCAACGUGAACAUCCUUGAUCUCUCCUUCAACCUCAUCUGCAAGUGGUCCACGGUCGUCGCCAUCUGCAAGCAGCUCCCGCGCCUCACGUCCCUCAACAUCAGCGGCAACCGCCUUGACUUUGACACCAUCGACGAGGAGACUGCGGCCUUCCACGACGUCACGUGUCUCUACCUCUCCCACAUUCCGGGCCUGCAAUGGGAUCAGGUUGUUCAAAUUUGUCGGCACAUGCCAAACUUGACAGAGCUCCACGCCUGCGAGAACGGCAUGGAGCACAUCAAUAUGGACGCAGAGACGGUGCGGGUGUUUGGGCGGUUGCACACCCUCAACAUGUACGGGAACGCCUUGCAUGCGUGGUCAAAGGUGCUAGCGUUGGGCGAGCUGCCCGCGCUCUCUGACCUGAAGCUGAACGCGAACCAACUCGGUGACUGCACAGACUUUACACCGCUGUCAUCGCUGGCAUCGCUCUCCAUUGCGUCAAAUGAGAUUUCGUCAUGGGAAACCGUCAAGGCACUGGGGAAACUCACAGGCCUGACGAGUGUGCGCAUGCGGCACAACCCGGUUGGCAGCGGCGUGACGGAGGCCGUGUACAGGAAGCUCUGCAUCCACCACCUUCCACGAGUGCGGUGCGAUAUCGCUUGA